ACCGCGCACCGCCUUCAGUCGAGCAUUGGGCGAGUUGGUGUCCGCACGAAAGGGAUCGUCGCCGAUUAGAGAGGAGACAAACCGCGAAGCAGCGAGAGGAUUCCAGAGUUCAGAUCGGCGGAUCAUCAUGCUUACUUUCCAAUUCAUUCACGCGAUCGUCUUGCUGGCUACGAUCUUCGUGAUCGGCAAGUGCCAUGCUCAUUCUACGAUUCAACAACGGCAAGAGUUGAGACCGUUGUGCACAAGCUGUGGCGACGAAUGUGAUAAAUGCGACUUCGGUUUCAUAAUAUCGACUGUCUGUGGUACCCCGCAAUGUCGACGAGGUCCUGGAGAAAUUUGUGGUGGUCCAAGUGACACCUGGGGUGUCUGCGGCGACGGAUUGAUCUGCAGUUGCAACCGAUGUUCCGGCUGUAGUCUAGACUCUCUCACAUGUUUCGCGAAUCCUUGUCUGCCUCAUCAGAGCCUAGAAUCGCGGGGCCACGUCGAUAUCCUCGAUAGAUAUGCUCCCAUCAACAGAAUCGUCAACUAAACGGAACUCAACCCAACCCCCGGAUGGACGAAAAGGAUAACGGAUGGAUGUGAAAUGAUGAAUGUGAGGAAUGAAUGUGAGAACGAGAGAAAGAGAAAGAGAAAGAGAAAGAGAGAGAAAAUGAAAAAAAAGAGAAAGAGAGAAGUAGAGAGAGAAAGAGAGGGUGAAAGAGAAAGAAAUGCGGAUAUGUAUUAGUGAUUUUCCGAAUUAUUUAUUGCAUUUCACGAUAUUAAUCUCAUUAGGUAUCUACAAUUGUGAUAGACAACUCUCGUCGGAGCUCGUCUCUAUCCACACCCUUCCCUUUCGCGAGACGACUCCGCGUGCCCCUGUAUAAUGGCAUUUCUGUGAUUUUUUUUUAAUUACUACGUUUAAUUCCCAUCUUUGUACACGCGCGACUCGCCGAAGCGCGUACUUGCGAACACGCGUGAACGAGCGAGCGAGCGAGCGAGCGAGUGUGCGUCGCUGACUAGAUUGAUCUCGUGAGAUAUUUGAUGAUUCAUCGUCAUCGCCUGGUUUCUUGGCUGUGAAUCGCGUCUCUUGCAAAGUAUCGCGCGCAGAGACGAUCGACGGGAGUCUUCGAUGCUUCCACCGAAAAGCGUCGCGAUGCAAAUCGGAUAGAUCGGAAGAAAACAUCGAGGACGAAAUGAACGAGGAAGAUAUAAAAGGAUUCCUCCUCCUCUUACUCCCUCCCUCUAUCCCUGCCUCUUUUCCUGCUGAAAUUGUCAACAUUGUCGAUAUGAUUUCUUUUCUUUACAUUCCGAUCGUAUGUAUUUACAAAAGAUGUAUUCGACACUAUGCAUUUAUCUUAAUAUUUAUUUUCAAUAUCCGAUAUCAUCAUCGAUGUUUAAGAAAAUGUCACAUCCUCCGGAUAAAGCGCGCUCGCUUCGAUAUAUUGAAUUAUAAUUAUAAUUGUAAUUAUAAUUAUAUUCUAAUCAGUGUGUCAUUACGCCUUGUUAAUGAACUAAUAUUUAUUAAUAGACGCGGAAAUUAUUUUCGUUUCUAGUUUCGUUUCGUAACUUUUUUUCAUUCAUCGGUACUUCACCGCGUCGAUUACUCAUCCAUAAAUGCGUCCUCGAGAAAACGGUGAUUACUUCAUGUAUAGCUCUCGGUAUUCCCGCGGUGACCAGCCGCGCGAAUGCUUCGGCGAAUGUCGCCCUAUGUAACGGACAACAGAAUAAAACUGAUUGCAUUCA